GCACGCGAUGUUGCUUGCGGGGCACGAUCUGACGCAUUGCGAAGUCGCCAAGUGCCGAAACCAUGAAGAGGAGAUCAUUAGCAGUGUGAUACGUUGUGUGGGUUGUUUGUUUCUGUGGGUGAAGGUCAGAAUUAGGGUUCCAAAGCGGAGGGAUGAAGAUGGCGGGGAGUGUGAGAGGGUGGGUCUCUUGCUGGGUCGCGCACCGGCGCUCGCUCACGCCGGCCAGUCUGAGCGUGAUCAGGCAGUGCUCGCACUCCGUCAAACCGUGGUUCGACGGGAGCGUCACGGAUUCUUCCUCAGACGCUGCGGGAGAGCAGGUUGGGAGUAGCACUGUUAACAGGCUGGAGCAGGUUUUGCAUGAGUUUCGAAUUCAGAAGGCUACGCCAGAUUGGCUUCCGUUCAUGCCUGAGCGGUCGUUCUGGAUGCCUCCGGAGGUGCCCGUGCAUGAAGAAGCCCCUCCUUCUGCUAUUCUCGAGCCUGCCACUGAGGGAGAGCUUUUCUCCAUGAUUAUGCCCAGUGGGUACCCUGCUCCGGCCCCUGUUGGAGGUCCAUUGUGAAGUCUCUUCCAGCUUUCUCCUGAUAAAAAUUUGUUCAAUGGCUUAAUGUACAGUUUCUCCUUUUUCGGAUCUGUUCGUAUAAGGCCUUGUCCUUAAUUGUAAGGAGUCUCAAUCGCUCCUGUUGCCGCGUCAUGACGUAGGGUAGACAAACGGUCUGUCGUGAAGACACGUUUCAAGGUGGUGUAAAGUAGACCAUCAUAGCUUCUUACUGUCAACAAUCUUGCUCAAAAUUGUGGUGCCUGAAGCUGGCAUCGUUCAUUGCAUCCUGUACUUACUCUGUAUAAAUUCUGAAAUUGGUCAAUAAAGCCACUUUUAUUUUCUGGCCUCC